GUGCGCACUGGCACUCCAGCAAACCGCAACAGAAAAACAUGGCAGCGGCUGUCGACAGUGUUGUGAAAGUGCUGGGAGAGCAGUAUUACAGAGAUGCGAUGGAGCAGUGUCACAGUUACAAUGCUCGCCUGUGUGCCGAACGCAGCAUCCUCAUGCCUUUCCUGGACUCUCAGACUGGUGUGGCUCAGUCCAACUGUUACAUCUGGAUGGAAAAGAGACAUCGAAGUGCAGGCAUAGCUCCAGGGCAGCUGUAUACCUACCCAGCCCGUCGCUGGAGGAAGAAACGGCGUUCACAUCCACCUGAAGACCCUCGAUUGGCCUUUCCACCUCUCAAACCAGCAGAUCUGGAGUUGGGUCUGAAGCGUGAUACUUUAGGGGCAGUGGAUGGCAGCAGCCUCGAGGCUCUCCUUAAAGGGGAGCCACUCGACAGGAGGCCUGGAGUGUCUGAUGUCCGUGGACCUGAGGAUGAGCAAACUACUGUGGAGCCUGCUGCCACUUCGACUUCCACCCACACAUCCUCUGGAAGAGUCCGCAAGAGAGUCCUGGAUCACGAUGAUUACUUGGACGACCUGGAUGAUGAAGACUUUGAGGAUGAGACUCCGAAGAGAAGAGGCAAGAGCAAGUCCAAAGGCCGCAGUGACAAGAAUGGCAAGAAGAAAACCGAGGCUGCAGCCGCAGCGCUAGAGGAGAGAGACAAACCAUAUGCGUGUGACAUCUGUGGGAAACGCUACAAGAACCGUCCUGGCCUAAGCUACCACUAUACACACUCUCACCUGGCCGAGGAGGAGGGCGAGGACCACGAGGAGAUUGAGGCGCCACCCACUCCCCGCCAGCCUGAGGAGCAAAAGACAACUAAGAAAGGUCCAAAUGGACUGGCACUGCCCAAUGAUUACUGUGACUUCUGUCUGGGUGACUCCACCUUAAACCAGAAGACUGGACAGUCGGAAGAGCUAGUGUCCUGUUCCGAUUGUGGACGCUCAGGACACCCAACAUGCCUGCAGUUCACACCAGUGAUGAUGGCAGCAGUGAAGACUUACCGCUGGCAGUGCAUCGAGUGCAAAUGCUGCAAUGUUUGCGGCACCUCCGAGAAUGAUGACCAGCUGUUGUUCUGUGAUGACUGUGACAGAGGAUAUCACAUGUACUGUCUAACCCCACCCAUGACUGAACCUCCUGAGGGGAGCUGGAGCUGCCACCUGUGUCUGGCUCUGCUCAAAGAUAAAGCUUCCAUAUACCAGCAGAACCAGAGCUCCACUCCUGAGUGAUGCUCUCAGCCAAGUGCUGCCCCAUCAGCAAAAGGGCCCCAACCCCGAGCAUGACGUCAGACCUCUUCUCAGUCCAGAGCUCAAGGCUCUGUUCAGAUGUAGCCGGGCCACGCCGCAAAUCAGCUUCAGAGAAAUGUUUGUAAUUCCAGUGUGAACGGGGGCCUCAAAACCAAAACAGACCUCAGAUCCGACCAUCACAACCAACCUGCUGCAAAGUCCCUGAAACUUGCUGUCAAACACACUCAUGCACAUACACACGUAAACAAUAUUGGCACGAACAUUCUUGGACUGUUACACUUGAUAAAGAUGUAGUGUGCAGCAACCACAGCAUCCAACAGAGCAUCACAGCUAAUUGUCUGCUCCCUGUCACUGAGGCACAGCGUGGACUCUUUUCAACCACAGGUUAUUUUGUUUUUGCCAAAUUCUCUAUUUUUUACUCCCUUGAUGGGGGGAAAGAAAACAUCACAUAAGUGUUUUUAAAAAUGAAUGCUGUUGUUGAGAAAUAUGAUUAUUUUUCUGGUUACUAGUAAAUUUUGUAGCAUCAUCUGUCUGUGUACUUUUGUUUGGUCGUUUUAAGGCGUGCCUUCGAGGCCCGCCACUCCACUCAGUAUCAAAGAUCUCAUAAUCUCCUAUACUGUCAUUUCAUUUGUUCAUUCAUUCAUCAGUGAGGAAAAACAGUCUGGUGGCCUUUGGAAAAGCAGUGUCGUAAUUUUCAGCCAGAAAUGAUUUGGACUCGCUAACGCAGGAAUGAACCGCUACGUGUCGUGUCGGACGAACACAUUGCAGGUUGACAUCCCAUAAUUUGUUUCAUCGUUGAACGAGUGUAAAUCUCUUCAGAAUAUCUGGAGUUUUUCAUUGGUUGUUGACCCUUUAUGCCACAUGCUUGUAUCCCUACACAAAGGUAAACAAACGUAAACUUUUUCUUUGCUGUCACUUAAACACUAUACAACUGUUGGCACACUAUGAGACAAAAUUUCUACUUUAUUUCUUCAUUAGAGCUGAUGUGGAGGAAGACAGAAAAUCCAGUUUAAUUUUGUUUAUGUCAGCUUUUCUUUCGAGAUGUUUCAUAUUACAGUUCCAGUACAAGGUACCAAUUACCAUAAAGGUGUGUACUUUUUCCAAGAAUGAAGCGUGUAGUUUUUAGUAGUGACAUCAUUUAUAAACAAGUGGUACCAGUUUUCAGCUGUCAUUGCUACUUUGAUUAUUUUUCACACUGAGGGUGAUUUGCAUGCACAUUGCACCUGUUUGAAUGCACACAGUUUUCACGUUUUGUAUACAACAGUACAUUAUCUGAUAUUCCGGUGGUAUUGGGAGCUUUUUCUAGUAGAAUGUUGUAGUCUCUCGUAUAGCAGACACUUCAACUAUAGCUCCUAACACAUUCUAUGUACUGUAUUGACUUUUUCUAUUUUGUUAUGACUAACUGAAUUGGAUUAUUGUGAUGUCAGAUCUCCAUUAUGAGUAUUUGUAAAAUGUUCUCUGUUGUAUGAAUUUUUUUUUUAUUUUUACAUAUUUUUUGUUAAUGAAACCAAUUAGAUUGACUGAAAUAAAACUAUUAUGAAUUUGA